CGGCGCAGAAGAGAAAGAGCUGGAUGCUUUUAUUUAUAAACAAAAAGAUGGCCGAAACACAGGAGAUUCCGAUUGAUCGCAAACUUUCCGAGAUUUUCCAGGAGGCAUACGACCUGAUGGACACCCUCGACACCUGCUACGAUCCGACCAACAGCCCGGAAGUUCAGGCCAAAAUCAAAAAGUGCAUCGGCUUGUUCGAGGAUUCUACCCGUCUGGUCAGCUUGUGCGGACUGUUCAGCAAAAACGAAACGCAUGACGAGGUGGCCACGGACAAUCUGCGCUACUUCCUGCUGCCGUUCUUCCUCGCUCAGCUGACUCUGAAGCUUUGCAAUGCCCAGCGGAAGGAAAUCGUCGAAGUGGCGGAAGUUUACUACAAUGAUUUCCUGCGACGCUGCGAGGAUUACAAGCUGUGCGAUAAGCCAGAGGCGGUCCUAGUUUUAGACCACAGCGCACAUGAAGGUGAUAAGUUCCAGGAAUUAACUCGCAUGGCCCAGGAGCGCAACGCAAAGUUGAGAAAGUAUCAGGAAAAGAAGGAACUGGACGAUCAGAUUAAGAAGCUGAAGAUCGCAAUGGAAAAGGAACACGUGGAUGAGGAGGUGAAACGUGAAUUCUACAUGAAGCUGUUGAACUCCUGCAUCAUGGAAGCGCACGAGGAGUUGGUCAGUAUUAGCCAGGAGAAGCAGAUUCUGGAGCACAUUGCCGUGAUGCGAAGGAACAGCGGAGGGGAUGACGCUCACAAAAUGCAUCCCCCGAAGGGUCCCGCCCCGAGACCGCUGAAGCCGAUAAUAAUCACGAAGGAUGCGGUGCAGAAGGCGGUCUUCGGUUUGGGUUAUCCAAGUAUGCCAACGAUGACGGUGGCGGAGUUUUACGAACAGCGCGUGGCCGAAGGGAUAUUCCCGGAUGCCGAGCGCAUGAAGGAGAUCAACAAGAACAGUCUGAUGAAUCGCGUCUAUCAGGAUAACGAAGCGGAGCAAGAUAAGGAGGAUGAGGAAAAGGAAAAAAUGAUCGAGGAAGAUGAUGAGGAAUAUUUGGCCCGGCAGCGUGCAAAAGACGAAUUCAAAGAUGAUCAUCGUCGCGGUUACGGCAAUCGUUACAAUCGAAGCUAAAUUUUACAAAACCAACAGAGUUUACCAUAUAUCAAAUCAUAGAUGUGACGGAAUUUGCGUCGCACACGUCAAAUCGUCGAUUGAAGCACGAACUAAUUUGUGGGGUUUUGCGUGUCUUUGUUAGCAAUAAUCGUGAAAUAUAAAACUGAGUGUUUUCAAUCGUCUACAAGUAUGGUAGCUGUUGUCUUUUAGAUUCGGUUAUUAAAGUCUCUUUUUUUAUGCAUACCCAUA